UUUUCUUGUUGUAUAGUGUUUUUCACGUGAACAUAUUUUCCAAUUUUAUGUUUUGAUUUCUAUUCAUCACAAAUGCUGCUAAAUUGAAUUUUCCUGACCAUAAACCAGAGAAAAUAUUUUUUUCAUAUUCGGCUUUUAGGGACUUUUGCUACUAUGACGUGACCACUAAAACGGCUAACUUCACUUAAUCAAUCCGCUUGCCGUUUGGUGUCAUUUCAUGUGUUCUGUUGUUGUGAGCGUCCCUGUUUACCAAAAAAAUGCUAUAAAACUGCUAAUUUCGCCAAGGAGAUCUGCAAAAAAUGUCACGUUAAACCAGAAAUGAUACAUUUGUAAUGUUUAUGUUUUCAUUUCAUAAGUAUUCUUUACAUAUUUGUUGAACAGACUGAUCUACCCCAACAUCAUAUAGUCGGUAGUUACAUUUUCACUUCACAGGCGGACUGAACUGUGAGUGUCAGAAUGUCCGAGAUAAUCUACCCAUCAGGAUGUCGCCCAAUCAGCGACGACCUAAACACAGAUGAGCUCAUUAGACGUCUAAAGACCCUGGCACACACCCUCCAAGCUAUGGGACAAGAUGAUGGCGCUUAUAAACAGUACAUACCAUUGUCUUUGCAUCUGGUUGAAGAACAGUUCUUAAAUUAUCCCUCAAGAGAUGUACAGUUGCUUAUUGCCUGCUGUAUUGCUGACGUGCUUAGGGUGUAUGCACCUGAUGCACCAUACAAGGAUCCAGAACAGGUGAAGACAAUUUUUCUCUUCCUGAUCACGCAACUUUCUGGCCUUAAAGACCCAAAAGACGCCGCCUUCAAAAGAUACUUCUAUCUCCUAGAAAACUUGGCGUAUGUGAAAUCAUUCAACAUGUGCUUUGAACUGCAAGACUGUCAGGAGAUUUUCUGUGCAUUGUUUCAUCUUAUGUUUAAUAUAGUAAAUGACGAACAUUCUGGCCGAGUGAAAAGUUUCAUGCUAGACGUUUUGAGUCCAUUGAUCUCUGAGAGUGACAUUGUCAGCAAUGACUUGUUGGACAUUAUCUUGAUAAAUAUUGUGGAACCAAACAAGACUCAACGUAAAAAUGCUUAUUUUUUAGCUAGGGAACUGAUCAUUAAGACAUCCGAAACCCUUGAGCCGUAUAUACAAGCCUUCUUCAAUCAAGUGCUUAUACUGGGAAAAGAGGAUAAAAACCUCCAGAUCUGCGGCAAAGUAUACGACCUCAUCUACGAACUAAACCACAUCCGUCCUCAAAUCCUGAUCGCAGUUCUGCCUCAAUUAGAGUGCAAAUUGAAGAGCCCCAUGGAAAAAGACAGGCUAGCUGCUGUGGCUCUCUUGGCCAAAAUGUUCAGCGAAAAGGACUCUGAACUUCCCAAGCGACAUCCAGCUCUGUGGAGGGCGUUUCUGGGCAGAUUCAACGAUAUCAGCAUAGAGAUAAGGACGAAAUGCGUGCAGUACUCGAUGCAUUUUCUGCUGAAUCAUCCGGAUUUGAGGAAAGAUAUCACGGAAACGCUCAAAAUGAGGCAGCACGACUCGGAAGAGAACGUUCGAUAUCAGGUGGUCAUGUCCAUUGUAACUACUGCUAAGAACGACUUCCAAGUGGUUUCUGAUUCUGACGAUUUGCUAGAAUUCGUAAAAGAGCGGACAUUGGAUAAAAAAUUCAAAAUUAGAAAAGAAGCUAUGUCCGGCCUAGCGCUCAUAUACAAGAAACAUCUCAGCGAUCCUGACGUGCCGAACGCCACAAAGAAAGCAGUUACAUGGAUCAAAGACAAAAUACUGAAUGGGUAUUACAUGUCAGGGAUGGAAGACAGAUUAUUGGUGGAACGUCUUUUGAACACGUGCUUAGUACCAUAUCAACUACCGGCGGCGGAACGGAUGAAGAAAUUGUACCACCUUCUGGGUACUGUCGACGAACAUGCGACCAAGGCCUUUAUGGAGCUGCAAAAAAACCAGUUGUGUGUUAGAAAAUUGAUGUUGGAAUUUCUGGAGUUACAUAGGAGACCUGUCCAAACGGUUGAGGUUGCUAAGGAGUUGGCCGCAAAGAUACAAGCAUUGUCAAGGUGCCUACCAGAACCAGUGAAGGCCCACGAGUACCUGAGCAAAUUCAGCACGCAUCUGAAACGCGAUCAUGUCCUCCUGGAACAGAUCGAGACGAUUUCCAGACCGUCGGUCAGCUGUAAAGAAUGCAGUGAGGCUACGGCAGCAGUGCUGCGAAAACUCGGAUCUCCAGUUAUGACAAAUCUUUACUACAACAUUGUCAAGUUGCUUUUGGAACGGAUCAGCUCAGUGAUGGUCGACCAUGAAGCUAUCAAGAUACUUAUAGGUUAUGUUGAAGAUUGCCUGCGUGGCGGCAACACGAUAGAAGAGAUAGGCCUGCAUCCAGCAACUGCGGGCGAUCGAGGCCUUCGAUUAUUGGUCAUGCUUAGCGUUGUCUUUCCUUCUCAUUUCCAACAUGAAGACGUGCUGGAACACUUGCUGGAUCUCCUGAAGUUGGACGAUGAAGCUGUCGCUCCUUUGGUUCUGACCAUAUUCACUUUUCAAGGGAAAUACAGAUGCUUGAGUGAGCAAUUCCCCGAGUUGAUGGAACAAUUAGCGCCGAUUUGCGUGGAAUUUGCUCAAACGGGCACGCCGAAACAAGCUAAAGGCGCGAUACACUGCAUCUACAGGAACAUGCCCAACGUGCACGACCAACUGUUCCCCGCCAUUUUGGAAACGGUGAAGAACAAUCUGACGCCCGAUUCGCCGCAUUACAGGACGGCCAUCGUUACGUUGGGACAUAUCGCGUUCAAUGUGCCCGAUAAGUACAAGGUGCAAAUUAAGAACAUUGUAUCCAGGAAGAUAGUAAAAGAGCUCCUGGUAAAAGAAACGCGAGAAUCAUCCGCGGAAGCCCCAGACCACGCUGGUUCGUGGUGCACCGAAGAGGAGCUGCCUGAAGAGACCCGGUGUAAGAUCGAGGGAUUGAAAACAAUGGCUCGGUGGCUGUUGGGGUUGAAACAAGACGCGACGUCGGCCCAGAAGACGUUCAGGAUGUUGAACGCAUUUAUAUUGCAUAAAGGGGAUCUGUUGCAGACGGGCAGGUUGAGCAGGGCGGAGAUGUCGUGGCUCAGAUUGGCUGCUGGUUGUGCGAUGUUGAAAGUAUGUGAGCAGAAAGGUGUCGGCGACCAGUACACUGCCGAGCAGUUCUACAAUUUGUCGACGCUGAUGAUGGACGAAGUGAAACAAGUUAGGGAAAUUUUCGCUAGUAAACUACACAAAGGCCUGAAUAGGGGCUUACUCAGCAAGUGCCUGCCACUAGAUUUUAUGGGGUAUUACGGAUUAGCUGGCAAGGAACCAGAAAACCGGCUCAGAGCUACGAUCCGCAACUACAUGAUAGCGGAUAUCAACAGGCGGCGGGACUACGUCAAAACAUUGAUGAUGAAUUCUUCGCAAGCCGAAAAAAGUUUCAGUCAGAUGCCGCAUAUACUGCCAGACUACAUGUUAGCCUUUGUGAUACCAGUGCUAGCACACGAUCCACAACUCACCAGUUGGGACGAUGUGGCUGCCUUGACGCGAGCCAAACAGUGUUUGUGGUUUGUGUUGGAACCUUCAGUUACGAAAAAUGACUACUUCAGCUAUGGAUUCUACAAAAACCUCAUCGAGAGAAUGAAAAAUCAUAAGGACGCUGUACGACCAGAGGACGAUUCUAUGAACUAUAAACUGUGGGCGCUGUGCGACCUAGCCUCCGGCCUCCUAGUAACCCGCGCUACCAACUACGACCUGAAGGAUUUCCCUGGGGAGACGCGAGUACCAACGAUGUACUUCGCCCCCCAGCCUUUGGACUUUGUCAACACCCGAGUGUUCCUGCCGCCGAAACUUCAAUACCAGCCCAACGUGAAGCCCAUCACGUUGUCAAUGUUGAAUUGCCAACAGGACAAUAGGAAAAAGUCGCAGAGGAUCAAGAGAACGGAACCAUGCGGGGAGGACGGGACUGAUGUUCAGCAUACACCCUUGAUGAGAGGGAUAGAUGCUCAGCCCUCUGAAGCCUCCGAUACGAAGAUCCAACUACCAGGCAUGGAGGAAGAGACGGAAGAGCCCCCGAUCAAAAAGUCGCGUGACAAACUCGACGAGAACGAGAGCGAAGAGAACGAAAAGUGAUCGUAUACGAGUCACCGCGACCAGUUGUACAUAAAAUACUAAAGGGGCAGUGAGUGACACGCGUUCGUAGUGUGUGAGAUUGCAGGGCGUGGAUGAGACAUUUAGUGGAAAUACAUUUUGGCCGGAUUGGAGAAUUGGGUUGGCAUGGUGGCUUCUGUGACAGCAAUUAAAGAUUGAUGAUAGAAAAGCGGUGGGUUAGCCAACAUAAUCAAAAUCUACAAUAAGGCAAUCUACGGAUAUGCAGUCUUACAACAGGCUGGCAUUAUGACAUUCUCGAUCUUGUUGACUUAUUUGUAGGUCGAAAUUUGCCCCUGUUAUUUUCACAGUUACAUCCUCCAACAUCCUUAUUAUGUAACUGCAACUGUAACAUUGGAAUUCCUUAUAUUACAUUGCGAUUGUAAAAUUCCUACCGCGCACACUGGCCUGUCUAGCUGUAUGUCUUGCCUACUAAGCUACAAAAAGUCUCAAAGAUCUUUCCUUCAGUUUUUAAUGAUGUUUUUUCCCCAAAUUAUAGUCGCAGGGGUGACCAUGUCAAUUAAUAAGGUUGCUUUCAAAAUGAGAUGUGUGAUAAGAAUGAAGAAUAGCCUUACAGUACGAUUUUAGUGUAAGUGGUUAGAACAUUUCAAGGGAUAUAUGAUUUUUGUUUUUGGUAUUCAGCCUCUAAUUUUAAGGUUGAAACAUGCAGAAUGCGGUAGAAGUUGUAUAAUUGUGUUCUUCAGCAAAAAAUAGUUUCUUGUUUCCUUGGUAGAGUUGUGUUCAUAAAAUAAUCUGAUAAUUUCAAUUUGUACCCAUUUCUAGUUACGAUUACGUCAGUUAUUUGUCAAAAAUAUACUUCCUGUUUUGUUACGAAAAUAAAGUAAUCUAUGAAUUAUUUCUGGAUCUCCUGUGGAGCUUAAGCAAAACACAAUUAUACGUACUUCUACAUUAACAUUGGAUGUAUAAAGUAAUGUAAAUCAUAUGUUAUCAAGUUUACUAUCAAAUUCACUGGGUACUCAGAACAGGUUUUAACCAUCCAUCAAAACGUAGACUGAAAUUGAAUUUUUUGGGCAUGUUUGUUGUCAAAAUGUUUGUAACAUAGUAUUUCAGAAGUAUCUUCAUUUGUCCAACGUUUUUUGAAAUCAAUGACGUUAUAGAUGGACAUCUAGCAACGUUGAGGAAGAUAGCUUUCUCGAUAUCGUCUAGUACAAAUGUUCAACAGGAAUGAACCAGCUGAACUGAUACCUUUUCUGCUGGGCGUUUAUGAGAGAGUUGGGUUUCUCCUUCAAAAUAUAGCUAGGUCUCACACUAUUAUUUUUUUAUUGUUGAUAAUUUAUUUAUGUAUGUUGAUCAGAGCGCGAAUUCUAGUUUGCUUUGUCUGUUGAGUUAGCUGGACAGAAAGAUCACAUAGUGUAAUGUUACGAUAUACUGCUCUAAUGACUCAAACUCGAGGGAUUCGAAAACCUUUGCCUUUUUUGAUGCUGGAGUUUGAAGUUAAGGGGUAACACCAACCGAAAAAAGCAUUGCUUUGCCAUUUUUUGGGAAGAAGUGGUGAUAAAAUAAUAAUAAUGGAGGAAGUUAUCAAGUAUAUGAAUAGCAAAAAAGAAAAUUGUCAGAAAUUGUGAAACAUCACAAAUAUAAUUUUUUUCAUUCGGAUUUUUCGGUUUUUAAAAUAAAAUUUGAAAGGCAGUACUUGGGGGAUUUUUUGAUAAAUUAACGAAUCGGAUGUAAAACUUAUCGGUAAUAAUUUUUCUUUUGUUACUGAACUGUGUGCUCAAUAAUUUCCUCCGAUAUUAUUUUAUUCCCAUUCCUUCCACAGAAAAAACAUGACAAAAAAUCACUUUUUUGGACGUUUCAGUGGUGUUAUCAUUAAUGCAAUAAAUUUAAUAUUGAAUCUAGGACCAAAGUCAUACUGAAUGUUCCCCUACUGACUCUCCAGACCGUAAUUUGCUUGACUCUUUUUUUUUUGUUUUAGGUAGUAUUUUUGUUUUACAGGUGUACCGUGAUGUAUUUUUUUCAAUUGGACAAGGACUCUAUACGUAUUUAAAGAUGUAGUCGUGAUGAGAGUACACAGAUUCCUGUAAACCUAUGUAAUAGUUAUAAGGUUUUGAAAGUUAUUUUUAUAAUGCCGGGUGUAUCGUUUCUACAACUUGCUGACAUUAGUCUGUUUAUUAUUUAUUUAUAUUCGAAUCGCACUUUUUCAAAUAAUGUUCAGCACCCUUUUGACGUAAAAUAUAGCAACUUAGUUUUACAAAAAUCAUUUGUCAAGCUGGGUUGGGGAAUUUUACGUGAUAAGGGUGCAGGGAGGCGUUUUAUUGUGUCUCUUAUACAUUUCUUAUUGAUUUGUUGAGGAUUAAUUAUACCGCCACUGAAAACGAUGGCAAAGAAUAAUUUUGUUCAAAUGUAGAGUUUAUAGGGUUGAUUGAUUCCAGUUUUAGAAUCUAUUUAUGAAAUUUCAUCUCAACUUGUAUCACAUGAGUCAUAUGGUUGUUUAGUUUCAAUUUGGUACAUAUUUUCUACUAAGCAACUUAACUGUACAAAUAUUACUUUAAUAAAUAAUUGUCUACCAG